AUGUCGCUUGGAAUCCGCACACUUGUCGUCGUCUUCUGCCUCGUCGUCGUGUGCUUCGCGUUCGGCCGCCUCGAACUACAAGACCAUAUGCAAUUCUCUCGUUUCCAUGAGCCUGUCAGCAGCAACGGAGGAUCAUCUGGAAAUGCUGCAGAUGAUGCCUACAUCCGCUAUCUUUCGGAAUACUUCGGCCGUCCAGCGCAACGUCGUGCGUCCGCCCCCUAA